GUUCCCUUCACUGGCUAGCUGCACCUCCGCUCCAUGGCCGCCCUCAUCCCCAUCUUCUCUCUCCUCCUCCUCUCCUCCGCCGUCCCGACGCCCGCCUCCGGCUUCGCGACCGCCCUCGACCCGGGCCUCAUGGGCCUCGACCUCGGGAAGGAGAAGCUCAGCCACUUUCGCUUCUACUGGCACGACGUCCUGAGCGGCCCCAAGCCCAGCUCCGUCCGCGUCGUGCCUUCUCCGUCCAACGCCUCCGCUACCGGCUUCGGCCUCGUCAACGUGAUCGACAACGCCCUGACCCUCCUCCCCGACCCGGGGUCCGAGCUCGUCGGCCGCGCCCAGGGCCUGUACUCGUCGGCGUCCCAGGAGGAGGUGGCGCUGCUGAUGAUCAUGAACUUCGCCUUCGUGUCCGGGAAGUACAACGGCAGCGGCAUCACCGUGCUGGGGCGGAACCCGGUGUUCCACAAGGUGCGGGAGAUGCCGGUGAUCGGCGGCUGCGGGGUGCUCCGGUUUGCCCGCGGGUACGCCCGGGUGACCACCCACACGUUCGACCCGAAGACCGGCAACGCCGUCGUGGAGUACAACGUCUACGUGUUGCACUAUUGACAUGAUGUGAUUGUUUACUUUUUGCUUUUCUCUUUUGGGUGGUUACCAGCUUUUCUCCAUUUCCAUCUUUCGUGGUUUGAUAAUAAUGCAAAUAAAUCAUGACAUCCUCUCCACGGGCUA